GGGCACGACGGGAGUUGUAGUCCUUAGGGCUGAGUUCAGCCAUUCCCAAUGCCCCUUGAGGACUCCAUGUCCCGUCGCACCCCGCGCGGGGCCGGGGCGGCGGGCGCAGGGGCGGGGCCGGGGGCGGGGCCGGGCGCAGGGGGGUUGUGGUGACCCGCGGUGCGCGCACAGCACCGGGUGCAGCCGCCGCCGCCGCCUCAGCCGCAGCAGCGCCAGGAGCCGCCGCCCGCCCUCUUCCUCCUCCCGUUACCGCCCUUCCUCAUCCUUCCUCAUCCUUCCUCCUCCUUCCUCCUCCUCCCGGAGCCCGCAGCCUCCUCGCCCUUCCCCCGGCCCCGCGAAGAUGGUGGACCGCGAGCAGCUGGUGCAGAAGGCCCGGCUGGCCGAGCAAGCCGAGCGGUACGACGACAUGGCGGCCGCCAUGAAGAACGUGACGGAGCUGAACGAGCCUCUGUCCAACGAAGAGAGGAACCUGUUGUCCGUGGCCUACAAAAACGUGGUGGGGGCACGGCGCUCCUCUUGGCGAGUGAUUAGCAGCAUCGAGCAGAAGACCUCUGCCGAUGGCAAUGAGAAGAAGAUAGAAAUGGUCCGUGCCUACCGUGAGAAGAUCGAGAAGGAGUUGGAAGCGGUGUGUCAGGAUGUGCUGAGCCUGCUGGACAACUACCUGAUCAAGAACUGCAGCGAGACGCAGUACGAGAGCAAAGUCUUCUACCUGAAGAUGAAAGGGGACUAUUACCGCUACCUGGCCGAAGUGGCCACCGGUGAGAAGAGGGCAACCGUGGUGGAGUCCUCGGAGAAAGCCUAUAGUGAAGCCCAUGAGAUCAGCAAGGAGCACAUGCAGCCGACCCAUCCCAUCCGGCUCGGGCUGGCGCUUAACUACUCCGUUUUCUACUACGAGAUCCAGAACGCUCCGGAGCAGGCCUGCCACCUGGCCAAGACGGCCUUCGACGAUGCCAUUGCCGAGCUGGACACCCUCAACGAGGACUCCUACAAGGACUCAACGCUCAUCAUGCAGCUCCUCCGCGACAACCUAACGCUCUGGACGAGCGAUCAGCAAGACGACGACGGCGGCGAAGGCAACAACUAGACCCCCCCACGAUGGACUGGCAGCCGCACGCUGAUGCUAACUACUGCAGUCUUUAUUUUUUUCCCACGAGUGGGGGGGGGUGUCAGGGGUGGGGGGGAGGGGAAAAGGGAGGGGACCCCUUCCCAGGGAGGCCCCCCACUACCUGUCUUUGAUUGCCUCGUUGACAUUUUUGCCAAAACACCACUAGUGGAAGUCAGGCUGGCUGUGCUGGUAAUGGAAUAGCAGCCUCACUGGCAUAUGGACUGUUCUGUAGAUUAUUAAUACAAGUGGAGCUGUCUUUAAUUUAACUUUAUUGCUAGAAAUCAAACAAACAAAAAAAACCACAUUAAAAAAAAAGGGGUUUUAAGGCGAAUUCGUGUGGAUGGAAUGGCCCUCGUUUUUGUUAAGGAAAGCAACACAAGGAGAGAAAACAAAACAAACAAAAAAGAGAGAGUUCUGUGGUUCCAGUAAGGAAUUGUGUGGUUCCAGGAAGGAAUCGAGUGGUUCCAGCAAGGCUCUGUGCGUUUGUUUCCGCAGUCCAAGUGCCGUGUGUCCGUCCCACGUCGCGGGGCGUCUUGCUGCGGCGCUCUGCCUGGCAGGGCCUCGCUUCACAUCCCCAAAUUCAGAAGGAAUUAAGAACUAAAGAAUUCCGGGCUCACAAAGCUCUGGGAUUUAGGCCAUCCAAUCUUUCGGGGUGAUUUUGUUUUGUUUUCGUUGAAGAUCUUUAUGAGGGUAGCCGCCAGUAUUAACACUAAAUUGCAGUUUACAGUAUUUCUACAUUACAGCCAUAUGACAUCAAGCCUUUUGAUUGUCUUGUUUUUUUGCUUUCUUCGGGUUUGGUUUUUUUGGCUAGUUCUUUUGGCUUCCUUCCUGCUCAGUCCUCGCCUGUGGACUGGCUUUAGCUAUUCUAUGUGGCCCAAGGCAAGAAGACCACCUGCCUGAGGAAACAUCAAAGCUGCUCUAGUUUUUUGGUCAACAGCUUAUACCAGGUGCUUGGCUAGCGGCUGUUUCAACUCUUUUUCAAGUCCACAGCAAAAGGUUUAAGAACUUCAAUUAGACUUAAAGGGGGAAGUGUUUCAACUUAGGAAAAAAACAAAAAAAAAAAAUGCCACUUAAAUAAUAAUAAUAAUAAUAAAAUAAUAAUAAUAAAAAAAAUAAUAAAAAAGAGCAUUCAGGUCUGUAUGUCAUGUACUGUGUUUGGUAUUUCAAAAGACCAUCCUGAUUUUUAAGGUGCCACAGCUGCUUCCUCAGGGAUUGCACUGCCAUUUCACUUCUGCCUGACUUUCUCCCACUGUACCAUGAGGUUUGUCAGCAGAUCCCGGGCACCCAGGCUCCCUCGUUUGUCACCAGGGAAGCCGGGUGUGUUUUUCCUUUCUCCUGGGGAAGCUUGUGGUGUAAUGAGUGAACUUCAGGAGCUUAGAAACUAACUUGGUAGAGAAAUCCUUAAAGGGAAGAGCUACAAUCAUAGACAUUAUUAUUGCCCAUCAGGAGCCCAGCAACUUAGUUCUCUUCUUAGCAAAGUCUUUUCCCAAGCCUGAUCCGGUCGGGGGUGGGAGACGGGACAUCCGUGUUGCUUAGCAGGUAGUAGUCACCCUGUUUGGAGUAAACUUCUCGUUUUAGUUCCCCCAUCGCUGUUGGAAGCUCGCUGCUGUCCUCCGGCUCGCGGAGCGCUGCGCCACGUAGCUUUGCACCUAACGCCGCGCAGGAAGGGAAACCCACGCUCCUGCGUGUGUGCGAUUCCGCUUUGGAAACAGGCUUUUUCCCUGUUUUCCCUUGCGAGAGGCAGGGCCGCGGGCAGCGCGGUGCUGCACACACGGUACGGCCGCUCUGAUGCUGCUCCAGCUUCCCACCGCCAUCCCGACUCCAUGGGGAGCGAGCAGAGCCCAGUGCUUGUGCUCCGGAUAAUGCCACGGAGAUGCUGGUAAAGCUGGUGUUCACUGGGGUGCCUCCACAUGCAGGGUCUUGCCCAGCAGCACAUCCCACAGCGAUCCCAUAGCGGGAUGCUCGCGGUGCCGUGGGCUGGAAGAUGGCUUUAAGCUUCUUACCUUCCUUUGAUGAACCCAUGAGCAGCAUCGUCCCAGCUCUAUAAUUUGGAAGCGAUUUACUGGAAUUACAAAACCUAUCUUUUUUGUUUGUUUAUUUGGGUUUUUUUUGGCCUUUUUGUCUAUUUUCCUUUGAUUUCCCUUCUUUUUGACUUCUGCUCUGGCUGCUUUAGGAAACUUCUGCAGGAGAGAUGGCACAAGAGGGCUCAAAAUGGAGUUUGGGGGGGUCAGGGACUUGAUUUCGAAGCAGCUUGACUGGUUUCUUUGGUUUUCUAAGAGAUGCACUUGCCUAUGAUACUGUCUCUCCAGUGAAAUGAUUACUGCUCCAUUACUCUAUUGAUACAAUAUUGUGCAUGCUAGUGUCGUAUUUCUAUACAGUAGCUUGAAAUUUAUUAACUUAUACUGUAGAUGUUAUGUAUUCCUAUGACAAAAUAGUCUUCAAAAUCCAGUUUUUUAAAGGUUUUUUUUGGUUUUUUUUUUAAUUUUAAUUUAUUUUCUCCUUUUUUUUUUUGCUCCUUUAUUUUUCCUUUUCUUUUUUGGGGGGGUACAGUUUGCUCUCUACCAACUAGUGAUCGUAACGAACUGAUCUGUUCUGGAUGUUGCUAUCGUGACAUGCGAUUCUAUAGGGGGGUUUUUGGUUUUUUUUUUUUGGCUUUCUUUUCUGAAAAAGGAAAAACAGCAACGAAAAAAACACACAAAAAACACAAAAAAAACACAAAAAAGCAAAAAAAAAAAGCAAAAAGAAGACACCAGUGUUAGCUUAACCUUAAUGUCUGGUGUUCGUCAUGGUGAAACUAUAACUAUUACAGUGUAGGAGAACAAUGACUGUGUUCUUUGAAUGAGCCUUUGUUUGUGCUUUUUGUCAUGUUAUGCAGUGAAACUCUUUUUAAGGUCGAAAUCAGUGAUUCUUCUUUUCUCCAACGCCGUGUUUCUGUAAGGAAUUCUUUCACACACGGACCAUUCUUAGCGGUUUUUUCCUCAGUGAUGGAAUAUCAUGAAUGUGAGUCAUUAUGUAGCCGUCGUACAUUGAGCAAAUAAACUUACAGAUCUGACGUCAA